ACCAAUGCCGUCUCCUCGCAACCCAAGAAGGUCGCAUACUUCUACGAUUCCGACGUCGGCAACUACGCCUACAAUGCCGGUCACCCAAUGAAGCCGCAUCGCAUUCGGAUGGCCCACUCGUUGAUCAUGAACUACGGACUGUACAAGAAGCUGGAAAUCUACCGUGCGAAGCCAGCAUCCAAGUACGAAAUGACACAAUUCCACACCGACGAGUAUGUCGAUUUCCUGCAACGCGUAACACCGGACAAUAUGGACGGUUUCGUGAAAGAGCAGGGCCGCUAUAACGUGGGAGACGAUUGUCCUGUUUUCGACGGCCUGUUUGAGUUCUGUGGAAUCAGUGCGGGAGGCAGCAUGGAGGGAGCGGCCAGACUGAACAGAGGGAAGUGUGAUGUGGCUGUCAACUGGGCUGGUGGUCUGCAUCAUGCAAAGAAGAGCGAGGCUUCUGGCUUCUGCUACAUCAAUGACAUCGUCCUGGGCAUUCUCGAACUCCUCCGCUUUCACCCUCGUGUUCUCUACAUCGACAUCGACGUCCACCACGGUGAUGGCGUCGAAGAGGCUUUCUACUCCACCGACCGCGUCAUGACAGUCUCCUUCCACAAAUACGGCGAAUACUUCCCAGGAACUGGAGAGCUGCGCGAUAUUGGUGUUGGCGCGGGCAAGAACUAUUCAGUCAACUUCCCUCUCCGCGACGGCAUUGAUGACAAGAGCUACAAGGGCAUCUUUGAGCCAACCAUUGGCUGGGUUAUGGAAUACUACAAGCCAACUGCUGUCGUCCUCCAAUGCGGUGGUGACUCCCUAUCCGGAGACCGACUUGGCUGCUUCAACCUCAGUAUGCGCGGACACGCCAACUGCGUCAACUUCGUCAAGUCAUUUGGCCUUCCAACUCUCAUCCUCGGUGGCGGUGGCUACACCAUGCGCAACGUCGCACGGACUUGGGCAUUCGAGACGGGUCAACUUGUGGGCGUGGAAAUGGGUUCCGAUCUUCCCUUCACCGACUACUACGAAUACUACUCGCCAGACUUCGAACUUGAUGUCAAGCCUAGCAACAUGGACAACGCAAACUCUCCCGAAUACCUCGAGAAGAUCAAAAACCAAGUUCUGGAGAAUCUCAAACGCACCACGCAGCACGCUCCCUCAGUUCAAAUGCAAGACGUCCCUCGCGAGCCUCUCGGCAUGCACAACUCCGGCCCAGACGGCGAAGCGGAGACUUUCGAGGAGCAAGAAGAUCGUCUCGACGACGAGGAGGCAGACGCGGAGUCGGGCAAGGAUCGUAGGUACACGCAACGUUUGUGGGAUAAGAAGAUCGAGCGUGAUGAUGAGAUGGACGAGAGCGACGACGAGGAGCUCGCCGAAGCAAACGGUGUGAAGAAGCAGCCGGGAGCACAGAGGCGAAGAGGAAUCAUGGACUACAACAACCCACACGCCCCAGCGGAUCGCAGCGGCGCUAAUACCCCUGUGGACGACGCACAAAGCUUGAAUGGAGAUGCACAACAAGAGGACGAGGCGAUGCAGCUUGAUGGCCAGCCACAGCCAACGAGUGCUCCUGCGGAAGAAGUCGUGGCGCAAGAGACUUCGAAGAGCAGAAGUCCGCUGGCCCAAGCUGAGCCGGCC